AGGUGGAGUCACCACUACGAACCUUCUUUUCUCGGUCAAAUUUCUCUCUCUCUUUCUAAAAUCAAUUCUCUCUCUAAAACUCUCUCUCUCUCUCUCUCUAUCUCUCAAAUUCUCUCUCCCUCUCUCUAUCUCUCAAAUUCUCUCUCUCUAUCUCUCAAAUUCUCUCUCUCUAAGUUCAGUGACCAAUUUCAGGUCAAUACCCGUUCUCUCUCUCUGUCUCUUGGAGCAAUUCAGUGUCCAUUUUCACGUCAACCCUCUCUCUUUCUCUCUCUAAAUCCGUCGCUUAAGUUCCAGUCAAUCCUUCCAGAUUACGCUGUCUCUCUAAAGCACGCUUUAGUGUCUGAGCUUUAUUUAAAGUGUCCAUUUUCUUCUUCAUAUUCUGCAUCAUUUUUUGCUCUGUUUCCUCAAAAUCCCCCCUUUUCUCUCUACUUCCAUUUUAAAAAAUCAUUUUGUCCAUUUCACCAUAAAAAAACCCAUUUUUUUUCAUAUGUGUUUACCUCAUAUCCAUUUGAUUAUAUCGUUUGGGAUCUCUUAAGAAUGUUUCUAUUUGCAUGUUAGUAUGCAAUAUUUUUCGUCCAUUUUCCUGAAAUUGUUUCUGCAUUUUCUUGUAUUAUUUCAUUGCAGAUUAUGAAGUUUUUGAAGUAUAAAUUGCAUUUCAUAACUGUUAUUGUUUCUUAUCAUUCAGUGAAUCUUGGGUUAUUUGUGAUUGCUCUGCAUUUUUCCUGUGAAAGAUUUUGAAAAUUGACGGGUUUCUGAGGUCUUUGUGUCAUUUACUUUUCAUUGGAGUCUCUGCAAUUUCAGUUUUUUUUUCAAUAUUUGUAUUUCUCUGCUGAAAAAUGAGGUUUUUUAUAUUGGGUUUAGAUAUCUGAAUUUAAUACAGCUCUCGAAAAUUUUUGUACACAAAUUUUGGGUUUUUUUUCUUUUUGUUGUUUUUCCCAUGUACAUUGAAAAAGGUCCUAAGUUUUUCAUGGAGAGUUCUGUGUCCUUGUCCAAGUUCUAGGGUAUUGUUUUUUACAAUUCCUGUAACUGUUGAACAUCUGAGCUCUUUAACAUAAACUCAGAACAUUUAGGGUUUCUUGGUAUUUACUUGCAUUUGCUUUUUCCAGGAAAAGUGUCUUUUUAUGCAGAAGUCUCCAUCUCCAUUUGAGAUCUAGGGCUUUUUCUCUGGUUUUUCACCAUUUAAGGAGUUUUUGGUUGCAUAAGGAUUGAUGAUAAUCGAAAUUUCAGUCUCAAGUAGCUUCAAAAUUCAUGGCCACUGUUGCUAGAGUUCGUCUGGUCUAUUGUCCGAAUUGUCAUCACCUUCUUCCGGAAUUACCAAAUAUUCCUGUUUACCAGUGUGGGGGAUGUGGAACAACUCUCCAAGCAAAAAAUGGGGCCCUUCCAGCCCUCACCUCCUCUAAAGCAAUAGAAGACAACUCAACUCAAAAUCAAUCCAUUGUAUGUCCCAUUAAAAAUGGAUCAAAUGCUUCAAGCAAAGUUCUCACAAUUUGCUCAGAUGAGGCUUCUACAUCAGGUUCUGAGCAUGUAAGUGAUCGACUUGACCCACACAAAGAGAUCGGCUGGUCUAAAACAAAUGGGGAUUCAGGAUUUCCAUCAUCUCCAGAUGUGAUUAAUCAUAGAGGAAAGGAGGCAGCUUUUGAGAAUGGGGAGCUGUGUCCAAGGAAUAAAGCAGAAACCCCACAAGAUAAUUCAAAGCAAAUGAGAAAUGGAGAAAAUAAGGAGAUCUCUUCGCCACCUCAAAGGGCGCAAACGCGUAACGGAGAACAGCAGGAGGCUUCUCCAAAGAGAAACCCAUCCAUUGUUUCUCCUCACAGGCGAGCUCUUGGAUAUCGAUCUCAAUAUAUGGGAUCUAGAGAGAAACUUAAGGGUCUAGAAACUUAUGGUAAUCAUGAAGACACUUUUGAGUGUAUGAGCAAUAGCAAUGCUUCAAGACCCAGCAGUGGCUCUUCUUUUGGUGACCAAAAGGUUUAUCUCUCUAGAAAAGCCUUUCUUAAACAAGACGGGGGAUUUUAUGGGUCACCCAGAAAUGGAAGGGAAUUAAGUAAUUCAGAUUCCUUUCAGAGCUGGGGUAAUGGGAGUAGCCCUAACUGGAGUUUGGAUGGGUCAGAACCUCCUAUGUAUGAGAUGCACGACCAUGAAGGGAGGAAUUUUGAUAAGUUUUACCCAAUGCCAGAUCAAGUGCCAUUUCGAAGAGAUGGGUUUUCAAGGGGUCAACAAACUGAACCUAUGUAUCGAGAUGAGGGUCCAUCGAACUACGUGGAGGAUCACAUUCAUGAUGGGUUCUUUAGACCCCGCAUGCAUAGAGGAAAACCAGCUCAUGUAGACAAUCGGGGUAUCCUGGCUUAUGAGGCUGAUCAAGAUUCUUUGUUUCAUGCUGGUUCUUAUUUUGGGUCUGAUAAGAUUUUCAGUAAUCAUAGGGGAGCUCACCAAGAUAUGUAUUGGCCUCAUGGUUUUGAACAUGAACCUCCACAUUAUUCCCCUAAUUAUGCCAUUGCAGAGGGUCCAAGAUUCUAUAGGCACCCUCAUGGAGCUCGUGUUAAUGGAAAAAUGUCACCAUGGCCUUAUGGGCUCUCUCAAAUGCCUCCUGGUUAUUCAUAUAUGGAUAUGGAUCGAGAAUCUCCAAAUGCGCAUGCACAUAGCCCCAUUCCCAACCCAAUGUGCUCUUGCUUACAUUGCUACAAUGAAAAUUGGCAGAAUCCUGGACAAAUUGUAUGUAGUCAUGGAUGUUGUAGGGCUGGUAGUCACAAUAUGCAUUCCCAUCCUUAUGGUCCUAGUCCUAUGGAUUCCCCAUUCCAUGUUCAUAGCCAUAAUAUGCACCCUUGGGAGCAUAAUAUGCACUCAAAAGAGAAAAGGUUAAUGGAGUUUGAGCCUGCAAAUAGUCACUACAAAGAGAAGGGGAACAUGAAAAGAGGAAUGGGAUCCAAAGGGGAGGCUUGUCAUUGCAGGCCUAUAGCAAGUGGUGCUCCAUUUGUGACUUGCUACAAAUGCUUGCGGUUGCUUCAGCUACCUGAAAAUUUCCAUGUCUCCAGGAAGAAACACUACAAACUGAAAUGUGGUGCGUGUUCUAGAGUGCUUUCAUUUUCUCUAGAAGAGGGAGGGAAAAUGGUACCAAAACCAGCAAAAAGUGAGAGCUCUCAAGGUGAGUUGGGGUCUAUAUCUCGUGGUAGUGCUACUUGUUCAGAUACUUCUAAGCCUAUGCCAGUCAAUGAGGACCAUUUGCAAGAGGAGCCAACUUCUGUUUCUGAAGAUUAUGACAAUUCAGUCGGUAAAAAUUACUCUACUGAGAGCAAAACUGCCUUCCCUUCUUCAUUUCCCUACCCCCAAGAUAAUCCGAAUGAGAGAAAGCACUUAGCAAGUGAUUCUCCCAAGCUGAUCAAAGAUAGAAUUGAUACAACUAAUGAGCCAAGAGAGGUGCCCAGAGGAGGAAAACAGUCAUUGGGAACACCCGUUCCAGGCUCCCCACUUCAUGAGCAUUUUGGGUAUUCUUCACCUAGUGAAUUGCUUCGUAAGACUGAUUCAGAGAGGAAGAGUCUUGAACAUAGUGAUCGGCAUAAGGAUUCGGAACCUGAAGAAUCUCCAGAUACCACGGAAAUCAGUGAAGAAAGUGAUGACCCAUCAAAGAAGUCAAGUAAAGGUGGUGAUGCAUCUAUUGGGGGGUUUAUAAAGAAAAAGUUGAGAGACUUGGGUCAAGGAUUGGAAAGUAUGAAGUUGAAGGUCUCAGUAAAUGGCAAACCUAUACCAGACAGUCUGGUUACGAAGGCUGAGGAGAAAGCGGGGUCUAUUCAGGCAGGAAACUAUUGGUAUGAUUACCAAGCUGGAUUUUGGGGUGUCAUGGGCAAGCCAUGCCUCGGCAUAAUACCUCCAUUCAUUGAGGAAUUUCAUCAUCCCUUGUCUAAAGAUUGCGCCGGAGGAAAAACUGGUGUCUUGGUGAAUGGCAGAGAGCUUCAUCAAAUAGACUUGGAUUUAUUAGCAGACAGGGGUCUCCCAACCACUGAGAGUAAGGCAUAUAUGAUUGAUAUCGAUGGUCAUGUGAUCGACGAGUUGUCUGGGGAAGAACUCAAGUCUCUUGGUAACCUUGCACCAACAGUCAACAGAGAAGGGCGUGGUUUCGGUAUGCGGGUCCCAAAGCACUGGAUGUAACCCUUACCUGAUUCUUAGUCAUUGACUGCAAAAUGUUACCUAAAGUACAUGUGAAUCUGGUUGCAGUUUGGGCAGCUAGUUCAAGUGUUUGAAGAAGUGGGACCUCUUUCCAUUAGAUUACAUUAUUGAAACUAUUCUGAGGGUCCUGUAUAGUGGAAGAUAUCAAAGAUAUGGAGAGAUCUCAGAGAGCUUGAUGGAGUUGGGCAGAACAAUCUGGAAUUCUGGAUUUUUGUGUAGUUUGAUGUAAUUCUUUUCUUGGACAUUUCGGUGUGCAGUUUGUAUCUCUAUUAUUUAUUCUUUGUUUGUAAUUAUUUAAGCUUUGUGUUUUACACGGGAGUUUCCCCACAUUUCUUAUUUCUUUCUUCUGAUUUCAUUGUAACAAUCAUUUCCACAAGAACACAUUCAGAUGUGUGAGAAAAUAAAAAUCCAAUUCAGUUUCCAAUUC